AUGUUCCCAACAACUUCAGCUAACUUCAAUGAAACUUCCGAAUUCGAAGAAGAUUCCGGAUAUUUUUCCGAUUCCGAAGAGAAUUCCGAGUUCGAGGAAUUUUGUGUGAGUUUAACAUGAGCAAUCCUGGCUUAUUUGAGCUCAAAUUGAAGCUCUUAACAUGAGCAAUCCAAUUUUCCAUCUAGAAAUUUCACAUUUUCAGAAUCCCGUGAUUUCCGGACCAUCAAAUCCUGCUCAAAAAAUUGCCGAAAAAUUUGUGAAAAUUUGCGAUGAUUUUGAUGAAGAUUUUUGUGUGAGUUUAAUAUGAGCAAUGCCUAGAAUUUAGUCAUGUUUAGGCUCAAAAUGAAGCUCUUAACAUGAGCAAUCCAAUUUUCCAUCUAGAAAUUUCGAAUUUUCAGAAUCCCGCGAUUUCCGGACCUUCAAAUCCCGCUCAAAAAAUUGCCAAAAAAUUUGUGAAAAUUUGCGAUGAUUUUAAUGAGGAAUUUUGUGUGAGUUUAAUAUGAGCAAUGCUCAAAAAUAGCCGGGUUUGAGCUCAAAUUGAAGGUCUUAACAUGAGCAAUGUUACGCUCAUUUUUAAUCUGAGCAAUUCCCAAAAUAUAGUCUAAUUUGGGCUCAAAAUGAAGCUCUUAACAUGAGCAAUCCAAUAUUCCAUCUGAAAAUUUCGAAUUUUCAGAAUCCCGCGAUUUCUGGACCUUCAAAUCCUGCUCAAAAAAUUGCCGAAAAAUUUGUGAAAAUUUGCGAUGAAUUUGAUGAGGAAUUUUGUGUGAGUUUAACAUGAGCAAUGCUCAAAAAUCCCCUUGUUUGAGCUCAAAUUGUAGCUCUUAACAUGAGAAAUCUGAAUUUUCCAUCUAAAAAUUUCAAAUUUUCAGAAUCCCGCCAUUUCUGGACCUUCAAAUCCUGCUCAAAAAAUUGCCGAAAAAUUUGUGAAAAUUUGCGAUGAUUUUGAUGAAGAAUUUUGUGUGAGUUUAAUAUGAGCAAUCCUGGCUUAUUUGAGCUCAAAAUGAAGCUCUUAACAUGAGCAAUUCAAUUUUUCCUUCAGAAUCCCAUCAAAUCCCCAUCGUGGCUCUCAAAAUGCCGUGAAUUCUUCAAUUUCAAUUUCUUCUGGGAAAAAUCCAUAAAAAUGUAA